GCCCGAGUGCUCGUGCUCAGGUGCGGAGUGUUUACUCCUGUGCUGUGCAGAUGGAGGUGUCAGAGUCGCGCAGAGCCGAGCAGGAGGUGAAUAGGACUGAAAAGGAAACUCAUGUACAGACUAUCAGCAAGAAAUAUCCAGAUGUCUGGUCUGAGGACAUCUGUAAGCUCACAGUUCAUGACUACAACCAGAAUCUAGUCACUGAGACACUAAAGGAUAUCUCCAACAAGCCUGCAGUGAUUUGUGGAAAGCAGUGGCAGAUAAGGCCGGAUUCCAGCACACUUUUAGGAGAGAAGAUCGAAGUCAUCAAGGUCUAUCUUGAACGAGGCAAACAGGAGAAGGAGCAACAAAGUGUCGCAAUGCUGACUGACGAGGUUUCACAAAUACAGGAGGUGAGGUACUGCUUGAAGACUCUGAGGGAACAGAUGGCAGCCCGACAUAACAAUAACAAGAGUCCAGACAAUGGGAUCCGAGUUCAUAUGCUCAGCAGCAAAUUCCCUGUCUCCAACUCUGGUGUGGACGCCCCUGUCCCUGAGAGCCAGGAGCAGGAGUGUGUGAGGUUGAGAGAGAUGACCAAACGUCUGUAUGCUGAGCUGCAGGAGGCAGAAAAGAGACACCAGGAGGACAGAGAGACAUUGCAGGCAGAGAACAGAGAGUGCCUGCGGUGUCUGGAGGAGCAGAACGAGCAUCUAAGGCAGGCCCGGGGCGAGGCAGAAGGCCAGGGCCAACGCAUCGAGGAGCUGCAGAUGAUUUUGGGAAAUCUGAAGCUUGAGAAUGCCAGCCUUCAUGAUGAAAUAGCUGCAGGCGAGGCUGAACUUCGGGAACUCAGAGCCCUGAAGGAUGGGGAAGAUGGGAAAAGAUGUAAACAGCUGGAAAAAGAGCAGGCCAUUCUGAAGGAGAAAAUCCAUCACCUAGAUGACAUGUUAAAGAGCCAGCAGAGGAAAGUGAGACACAUGAUCGAGCAGCUUCAGAACUCUCGGACUAUGUUGGAGGAGAGAGACCGACUGAUUGGUGAUCUAGAGGAAAAAGUGGCUUUUCUGGAGGCAGAGAACACAGAGAUGCGGUACCAGAUAGAGUGUGGUCUGGGGGAUCAGACACCAAGCUGUUUUCAGUCAGAGAAGGAAGCUCAAAUUGUCUACAGCAAGCCUUUGACACCAAUAAGUCCUGGAAACAAGUCUCUACCCUUCAUCAAAGUGAUUGAGAUCAAGUCCUGAGCACAGAGAGGAACAUGUGAUACAGAGAGGAACAUGUGAGGCUUGUGUAUACAGUACACAUGCACCUCAUUAUAUUUUUCAUGUAACAUCAGUUACAGAAAGUGGCUGUACAGGAAAAAUCAUCCUCAUUUAAAGAAGGCCUUAAUCGCUAAACUUAAUAGCUUCUUUAGUAAAAUAAAUACAACUAAUAAAUAAUAGUUUCUUUGUUUUAAUUAUAACAUAACUCAUUGCACAAAUGAUCAUAGUUCAGGCAAAAAAUAAGGUUCACUGGGGGAAAUUAAGUAUUUAGAUUUUUAGAUUUUAGAUUUAAUCUAUAGUUAUCAAAAUUAAAAAUUCCCCCAGAAGGCCCAGUUGGUGUUUGAAUACAAAGUAUGUAAAUAGAAUUGUGUGUGUGUGUGUGUGUACAGUAUAAAUAUAAUAAUGCUGGUUAAAUGUGUGAUAGACCCAACUAUUAUACCAGUUCCCAUAUUAAAUGUGAAAUAUAAACACUUCCUGCUGUUAAUAGAAGCUGUAUAGUUGAUAUUUUGAUAUAUAUUAUGAUGUAGUUCUGUAUUUAUAUCAUUAAUUUUGUGGGUCCAAAUAAAGUUAAAUUAAAGUUA